AUGUCUCACACCUCCCUCCAGUCAGGAAACUACGACUUUCCUCCUGCUUCGCCUUCUUCGUCCCGCUUCUCUCGUCCAACUGGCUCCACCGAACGAGGCCCUGACGUACCCCGUCUCCAGCAUCUCCGCAAUCUAGUCAACGAACGAAACCGCUCCGGUGCUUACAAUACUUUCAGCGCGACCCGUGCCUUAUUAACGCUGAAUCAAGAGAUUCUUGAACAUACGCUCGACCGAGUACGAGAUCGAACCGACUUUGAACAAGCUCGGACUGCUGUGGAUCGCCAAAUUCAACAACUCCAGUCCGAGAUAGCUAGCCCACCCGACCUGAUUCGAAGUAUUUGGGCGGACCAGAUUAACUCGGAACGAUCUCUGAGCCCUCUGUCUCCGGGCGCUCAGUCUGGUCGCCGUCGACUUCCCCGACCAGCAUAUAUAUCUCCCAGCCCCGACGGGUCCUCAUCCAGAUCCCCAUCCCUCAUGCCACCAGGCUCGUCGGGCCGUGAUGGCCAGGGACGCAUGAAGCGCCGGAAGCUGGAUGCCGAUGAUAACCGAGAGGAAUACCAAGGGUUUAAUUACGGGCGAUAUGGACAGGUCUAUCCCGGAAUGUUGCAAAUGGAGAUUGCGAGCUGUGACGGAGGAAACUAUGAUCCGGAUGGCUCGCGCCCGGACAACGUCUUGGAAAACAACCAAGACGUCUAUUCGACCAAAGAAAACCGCUGCAAUCUGAUACUACGUCACCGAGGCGAGGCACCUUUCUGUUUAAAGAAGAUUGUUAUCAAAGCACCUCAAUGCGGUUUCGAUGCCCCAAUUCAAGAGGGCAUGGUAUUUGUCUCCAUGUCAUCUGACGAAUUACUCGAUCGCACUGCACGGUAUCAAAUUCAAUAUUCUAGUCCCCAGUGGCGCCGCCGACACCGUCGGCAUGGUCUUCAGCCAUCUCAGGAGUACUUGAAUGCAUACAGAUCACCGCUGCAAAACCUCGAACGCACAGUUCUCAUGGGACCCAAUUCAGACAGUUCAGCUUCUGAUACAACAGACGACCCACAAAGACACUUCCGCAUUACCACGGAAUACGACGAGAACAACGAGGAAAACAGUCAUCCUGAAAAUGACGACACUGCCUCUUUUACAGAAUUCGAAAGAACUCAAGGUGACCAAAGUGACCAUGGUGACCACAUGGAAGACCUGUUAUCAGAAACCGACGAAACACCGACCGAUGACGACGACGAUACUUCCAGAACUAUCCGCCGACGCAUCCAACUCAAUCGGCGACAAAUCUUUCUCGCCCGCAAUGCUGAGCAGAACAGGCGUCGAAACCCAUCUCUUGUGAAUCCAAACCCACCACCCGAACCCAAUCCCCCAGAGGUCUUGAAACCACAUGCGCGGUUCUUCAUCGAGCGUCAGAAGAGCAUGGUCACUAUCAAAUUCGAUCCACCUCCAUCCGGUCGUUUCAUUCUGAUCAAGCUAUGGAGCCCACGACCCGAUGCGAACAUCGAUAUAGAAAGCAUAAUCACGCAUGGAUAUGCCGGUCCACGCUUUUUCCCGAGUAUUGCUCCCCGCUAA